GACCGUGCAACCGCGCUUCGUCAUUUGCCAUCGGCUCGAGGAGGGUGGUUGCCAUAGUUACGCGGGUCACAUGCGUGGGUUUCCUGUAGCCAGCAGCAUAAGUGAUGCUACAUUUUUACAGCCAUUUUCAUGCAGUUGACAUCAAAAGGCGGUUUGUGAGACACACUUGAACCGAGAUCGAGAAUGGAGAUAACGUUUGCCAGAUUUGUUGUAGCAACACGCCAUGGUCUUGGAUUCCAUUUUUACUCCUAGUUCUCCUUGAAGCAUCCUUGGAAGUGGACUGUCAAUCCUUGUUAGCAACAAGCUAGCGGUAGCUGGAACCGUUUUUCCUAUUUACUGUGUUGCUCCUCUGGGCGCCUGUAAAGACUCAGAUUCAGAGAUGAGUAUUGAAAUUCCCGACGGACUAACGGAGCUGUUGCAAAGCUUUACGGUUGAAGUGCUAAGGAAUCAACCAGAACCCGGAGACCUUCUGGACUUUGCCUUGCAGUAUUUCAGUCAACUCAAAGAAAACCGGACGAGAGGAGCCGCCUUUGACAAUGCUAGAAAUUCGGCUAACGCUACUUCUCGCCCUGGAGGCGGGAGGGCGGUCAACUUUGCAGAGGAAGCGAUGCAGAUUGACUCUGAAAAUGAUGAAGACGACGAAGACGAUGAAGAAUUCGUGGCGCCUAUGAUCAACAGAUUCCAGAGAAGAUCCUCAGUGUGUGCGGAGGCAUUCAAUCCCGACGAGGAAGAGGAAGAUAAGGAGCCCAGGAUAACCCACCCCAAAACCGACGAGCAGAGACACAGGCUACAGGAGGCCUGCAAAGACAUCCUCCUGUUCAAGAACUUAGACCCGGAGCAGAUGGCCCAGGUCCUGGAUGCCAUGUUUGAGAAGCCGGUGGAAUCCGGCGAGCACAUCAUCGACCAAGAUGAGGACGGGGAUAACUUCUACGUGAUCGAGAGGGGGAACUUCGACAUCCUGGUGAGCACCGACGGGUUGCCGCGCGUGGUGGGUUGCUACAACAACCGCGGCAGCUUCGGGGAGCUGGCUCUGAUGUACAACACCCCCAGGGCUGCCACCAUCAUCGCUACGUCCGCUGGGGCCCUCUGGUGUCUGGACAGGCUGACGUUCCGGAGGAUCAUCGUGAAGAACAACGCCAAGAAGAGGAGGAUGUACGAGACCUUCAUCGAGUCCCUGCCUCUGCUCACCUCCCUCGAGCCCUCUGAGAGAAUGAGAGUGGUCGACGUGUUGUCCACCCGAGCCUACAACGACGGGGAACAGAUCAUCUGUCAGGGGGACAUGGCGGACUGCUUCUACAUCGUCGAGUCUGGCCAGGUCCGAAUCACCAUGAGGAGAAGCACGACCAGGAAGGAGGAGGUGGAUAUCGCCAUGUGCAGCAGGGGGCAGUAUUUCGGGGAGCUGGCUCUGGUCACCAACAAGCCCCGGGCUGCUUCCGCCUACGCCUUGGGGAGCGUCAAGUGUAUAGGUACACUAGCCACGCCGAGCACUGGAAGUUCCUUUCCACCAUUUUUGAAGUCCAGAGCUAGUUCGACAAGAACUACAAUCGCCGAAGCAGUUCAACAACUAGCCACUGGGAUUUGGUCUGGGGAUUGUAGUUUGAUUGGCACCAAGUACCAUUGCUGAGAUAGUGUAUGCAGGGCCACGGGUGUGACCUCUAUAAUCCCUGUCAUUAUCAUUACCUUACUCUCACACCUGAUUUGCUUUGAUCCUGAGUUUCACUUCAUUGCCGUCAAAUUACUUCCUGUUAUAGUGUCCAUAGCAGUAUUUUCAAAUAGUAACUACCUAUAUGACUGUCCUUCUCAUCAUUCCCAUGGGCGUAUCUAGCUGGAGCCCCCCUAAAAGUUUCAUUAGCCCCCCCCC